AUAUUCGUUAAAAAGAUAAGAAAAUCAUAUAAGGCACAAUUUUUCUCUCUCUCUCUCUCUCUUCCGCUUACAUUCGAAAUUGUCAACCGUCACGCGCUCAUCUCCAGAACAAGCAGCUUCUCACUUUAACUCCCACACCUACUCUCCAAUCUACCCUCAAAGCAAUACACACAUACACAUAUAUAUAUGUAUGUAUAGCCAGAUAGUUAUGUGCGCCAUCCCAGGCCGGUCUUUAAGCCCGAAAACGCUUUACCGGUAACCAGACAGCUGUGACACGCCGCGCUCUCUCUCUCUCACUCCUUUUGACUUCCAAUUUCUAGCAUCUUCAACCUCAUCACAUCAUAUUGGCUGCUUUCAAUAGUGCAAAGCUUUUUUUGGAGCACACUUUCAAUUCGCUUUCAACUUCAAAUCGUUCACUUCGGCUCGGCUUUGCUCGGCUUGGUUUCGCCUCGCCUCGCCGCGCCGCGUCGUGUGCUUUCAAUGGCAGGCGCUGGCUUCAGCGAAGCUUUGUGCACAGCGCGUUGCUCAGUUGCUUCGCGUCCGUCAGGCGAGUUGGUUCGUUAAGCGUUACGUUUUCGGUUGCUGCCUGCCUCUCUAUUGCUCUCACUCUCUGUCUCUGUCACUCUUCUUCUCACCACUGUCGCUGUGCGUGCAUAUAUGUUGUGUGCGUGAGAGUAGUGCUUGUGUGUGUGCGGGUAGCCCAAACAAAUAAGUGAAAAAUAUAAAGAAAAAAAAAAAAAAAAAAAAAACAAAUCAUAGAGCAAGAGUCCUUGUGUAUGGGGGUGGCAGCGCAGCGACAACCCUAUAAGCACCACCCCCUUGGAAUGUGUUUGCGUGAUUCUUAACUGCGCCAUUGACACAAACAUACACACACACACACACACACAGACACACACACAAUAAACAACAGUAAACACAACAAAGUGACAACAGACAACAACGAAGUGCACAGCGCGCAGGAUAAUCGCAGGCGGAUUACAUAAAUACGCGUGGGCGUGGGCGUGGCAGCAGCAACAACAAAUAGAAGAAGACGAACAACAACAACAGCUGUAAUGUGCCAUUGCCAGUUGUUGCAUUCCACAUUUCGCAUCAUUCGAUCAUCAAUUUCAUCAACAUCAUCAUCAGCCUUAACAACAUGCGCAACGCGUCCAGAGCGACGCCACUAGCGACGCCGCAGUCGCAGGAGUCGGAGCAGAAGCAGAAGCAGAAGCAGCAGCAGCAGCAGUUGUCGGAGCAAACGGAUCACAUAAUAACCAUCAGCACCGCCAGCCUAUCGGAGCAGCUGCAGGAGCCGCCUCUCAAGCACUAUACACAAGCAGCAACAACAAUUGGAACUGGAACUGGAGCAGCAAUUGGAACUGGAACUGGAAGUGGAAGUGGAAGCGGAACUGGAGCAAGUGCAGCAGCGAUUGCCAUUGCCAGUGGCUCAUCGCAUUCGGGCCCGGCUGCAGCCGCUUCAUUGUGCCGGCUCAGUCAGCUGGUGAGCUAUCAGAAUAAUAUUGCCGACGUACAGCAUAGGCGUGGCCGACGCCUGCAUGGACUCCAGUUGCCGUUGCAUCCGCUGCAGCUAUUUGGCUGGCUGGUCUUGUUGCUGUUCGGCUUGGCCAGCUAUUGGGUGCUGAUACCCGCCUUUCAUGCGCCCAUCCAGGGUCCACUCUACGGUCUAAUCUCCGGCUUAUAUGUGGUGCACAUUGCCGCCCAUUUGACGGCGCUGCUCACCGAUCCGGCGGACAAGGAGCUGCGUCGCGUGCAUCGCAACGAUCGCAUUGUGCCCGAAUUCGAUCGCAGCAAACACGGACACGUCAUCGAGAACGGACGCUGUCAUCUGUGCAACAUACGGACAACAACGCCGCGGACCAAACACUGCUCCGUGUGCAACAAGUGCGUCGGCAAAUUUGAUCAUCAUUGCAAGUGGCUGAAUCACUGCAUCGGUUCCCGCAACUAUGUCGCAUUCCUAAUGUGCGUUGUCAGCGCUGUUGUGGCCACCUUGGUCAUUGUGGCCGCCGUGAUUGGCCAGAUUGUGCUCUACUAUGUGCAGCCCGAUUGGCUGAGCUUCUAUUGGUGCAACAGCCGGCUGGACACAACGCUGGAGUCCACGGACUAUAUCAACUUGACGCUCAGCUUGAGCAAUGGCAGCAUGCUGCUGCUGGAGCAGGAACAGGACCAGAAUCAGCAGCAGGCGCAACACCAGCAGCUGGACGAUGAGCAGCUGCAACUGGAGAAUCUGACCACGGUAUCCACAUUGCUGCAGAACUUUACGGCGCUGCUGGAGCAGAGCACGACUGGGCCACAGUUGAAUCAUACGGUGACGCCCCUGGUCGCCGGUAUUGGUCUGCAUGAGACCAUCUACUUGCUGCUGCUGGGCGUGCUCGGCCUGCUGGCGGCGAUCAGUGCCGGGCUGUUGCUCCAUUUGUGCUUCUUUCACAUCUACAUCUCGUUUUUGGGCCUGACCACGUACGAGUACAUCAGGAAUCAUCGACAGGCACAGGAGGCCAGGGCCAAACAGCUGCUGGAGCAGGGCAAAAAUGGCGUGCACUUCAAUCCCAAUCUGCCCACAGUUAAUCAUCCGUCCAAGCUGGCUACCGCCGGCACAGCCCAGCUCUACUGCUGCUCUAAUGUGCCACAUCCCAAUCAAAGGCAACAGCAGCAGCUGCAGCCGGACACAGCAGCUGAUGCACAGCGUCUGCACUGCUGCGCCAGCUCACGGGAAUAUCAUCAGGCACGCCAGGCCAUCUACAUGUGCUCGCUGCUGCAGGAGCGCAGCAGCAGCAGCGAGCGUAGCCUGCAACUGGAUCUGGAUGCGGCACCGUUGCGUUCCUUUCACUGCUGCUCCAGCUAUGCGGCCGGCUCGAUGCAGCGACGCGUCAGCGCCGCGGCCAGCGUCAAGACGGCCCUGGAGCCGGCCACGGUGCGCCAACAGCGGGCGCAGAGAUCGGCCGGCUAUCUGCAGUAUACGGAACAGUGCACCUUGUGCACCUUUCGGCUGCGCAGUCCAUUGCGUGGCGGCGGCAGUGGCAGCGCAGCGGGCAGCAGCAGCACCCGCACGCUGGCCAGCCAAACGGCCACACCCACAUCGAGCGCCUCAGCAGCGGGCAACAUAUCGAAGCACCAGCGCUGGCGCCGGAAAUGGAACUGCUGCGCCAGCGUGCCCGACAGCCCGGAUGUGCCCAACGAUCUGUUGGCGGCGCUCAGCUAUCGCGAGCACGCCAAAAUGAAUGCCAGCGAGCUGCCCGUCCAGUUCAUACGCAGCCUGAACGGCGGCCUGGAGCUGCCACAAGCCGAAGUUGCCGCCACCGUCAAUCCGCAGCUGCCGUUGAAGGCGCCGCGCAGCUCCCGGCUGCGGCACAUGCUGCGCCUGCUCGGACGCUACAGGCGGGCGCGCUGUCAGCGCGGCGCUGCCGGCGCCGCCAAUCAGGGCGUGGCUGCGGCAGAACAGCAUGUGGCCGCCAUCAAACAGAAUCAGAUACGUCCGCUGCAGCUGCAGCCGGGCCGCGGUUACAUGUCCAAUGCGUCCAGCACAACGACAACAGCGACGCCGCCGCCGCCGCCAACCAUCAGCUCGCCCAGCCGCAGCGGCAGCAGCAGUGAGCUGAGCAGCGAUCUGAGCAGCGAGCCGUGCACCGGCAGCCAGGAGCUAAUGCUGCUGCCCACCAGCGUGAUACGGGAGGAUUGCGUGACCACCAGCUAUACGUUGACGCUGCCGCCGGCCUUGCCGCCGCCCACGCGCCGCAAAAUGCCCAACGCCAGCGAACUGGCCGAGUUGGCCGAGACGCUCGGCUUUGUGACCAGCCAUGGACAGUCCACGUCGCCGUCGCCGUCGCCGGCACAGUGCGCCAGCCGGCAGCUGCCCGGUCUGGGCAAUGUAUAUAGACGUCAACGUCGCAAGCAUUUUCUGCGCACACGCUCGCCCACAUUGUCGCCGAUACACGAAUCCGGACUCUCGAAUCCGACGUCGCCGCAACCAUUGCGCCAUAGCCUGGCGGCGGUCAGUGCCAGCUCCAUUGCCAGCUCCAACAAUGCCAAAUGCUCGCCCAUUGUGGCGCGUUCCACGGCCACGCUUGUCCAGAAUCUAUGCAGCCUCGCCGGUGGCAAUGAAUCGAUGCCCAAAACGGCAUCCAACAGUUCGCUGCAGAGCAUCAGCUCCAAUUCGAGCAGCAACUAAGAGCAGGAAGGAUUUACAGAGCGAGCAAGAGA